AUGGGGUCACUGCAAGAACAAGUUUUGCCCCAGGAAGAUGACGGGACACUAUCGGCUGUUUUCGACAACAAAAAUCCUCCGCGUCUAGGGACAGACGUGGGCAUUCGUCUGCCGCUAAGUGCAAUAGCUGCAUUCGCCUCGGGGUUAGCUCUAGGAGCUUCUCACGGAAGCACCAAGGCUUCAUUCCGAUUCCGUGCUGAGAACGCCCACCGCUUUCCUACUAGCCCGACUGGGUGGUACCAGUACCACAAGAGCAAGAAUUACACGUCCAUGAUAGGGGGGUUGAAGGAAGGCACAAAACUGGGCAUGAAGGUUGGAAUUGGAGCCGUUGCCUUCUGCAUAUUUGAAGAAACUGUGGACCAUGCGCGUGGGAACCGUGACUUUUUAUCCACGGUCACUGCUGGGUUAUCAUUCUCCGGAGUCUACAGCUUGCUCGCCCGUCACGAUGUCUAUACGGCAGCUCGAACGGCAAAAGUUGGGCUCAAGCUGAGCCUGGCGUAUGGGUUACUUCAGGAUGUGUUUGCAUCAUUCCGAGGAUCCCGGCCCCAGUAUAUUCAAUUUAUGUUCAAUGUCUUGGGCAAGCCAGGAUUUCCAUAG